AUGCCAAGUCGGCCGGCGGCACCGACUACAGAGGCUCGCCACGGUACUCAAGUCCUUCACGCCGCCGGCAAGAUGCUGCCGCGCGAUGGCACCCGGUCUGUUCCACAGCACAGAGAAUGCCCGACCGCGGACGACGAGUGCACUGAGAAAACAACGUCGACCAAGAGCCAGAACACCACCAAGACCACGCCCAACAGGCCGAGACUAUUGGGUGUCAUGUGGAGCUUGAUCUUGGACUUCGCAGGGACCAAGCACCGGCUCAUCAUCAGACACGACGACAGAGAUGAUCCAGAAGCGCAGCUUCAAACGCAACUCCUGACGCGAGCACUGCAAGAAGCUGGCCUCAUUCGCCGCUGGAGCGUCACACAGCAAUGUCAGCUCAAUCGAUGCAUCCAUUGGUUCCAUUUGGAAAGCAGCAGAUGGGGUCUGUCCUGCACGAACUCGUUGCUAGCCGCUCAGAAAGCCAUAGGCAAGCAGCUCCGUGAGAUGACAUGGCCCAACGAGAGCAACGCCUUUCCGAAGGCACGACAAGCAAAUCAGGCCCAUGCGAUCAGAAUACCUGGAAAGCGAUGCAGAAUUUCAGAUCGUGUUGACCGGAGCAGAUUUCCACCCCCUGACGUGGAGAUGGAUCAUCCAGAGGGCAAUUCCAAUUGCCACUCCGUCUCUAGGAAUAAUCUUUUCACCAGCACCGCGUCUUUGCCUACGACCACGUGA